AUGGCAGGACACUGCAGCACCCACACUCACAGCAGCCAGAAUCCCAUGGGCAACGAAAGCUUCGGUCACCACGGCCUGCCGGCGGCAGUGCAGGGCCAGGGCGCCACCAGCCGUAUGCCGGUGGCUGUUGUACCUUACCCCUCUUCCUUUCCAUUUAUUCACCCCUUGACUAACCAGGUGAUGAUGAGGGCCCCGUCCUGCCUCGCACUGCCGAGUCCAUGCAUGCCAUUCUGGAUGAUGGCGCAGCUGCAAAUCCAGGCACCACCACAGGCGCAGCUUAUCUGCGGCACGGUGCUUCAUUCGUACACUGUCAUGUCGUGGCAUGGCCACGCGGCGACGGCUGUUGUGGCAAGCCCGCGCCAUGCUUACUCGGCGAAUCAGCCGGGGGCCGCGCAAGCUGAUUUGACACUUCGGCUUGGCUCCGGUGGUGGCGGUGACAGUCGUGGAGACAAGAGGUAG